AUGGCUACCGCUGCAAAUUUUUGCCGCCUCAAACUCGUCUCGUUUGCGCCAUAUCCACCGGUCCACCACCACCACUACUCCGCCUUUAAACAGCGCUCCAACUCCCGGCGAUGUUUCACCUGCCAGACCACCACUAACUUUCCCUCCACCAAACAACCAACUGCUUCCAAUUCCGACCUCCAACUCGCUGUCCUCGCCGGCAAAGACCGCCUCUUAAAGGUGCCGACUUCAAAUAUACGGAAUUUCAGUAUAAUAGCGCAUAUUGAUCAUGGGAAGUCGACGCUGGCGGACAAGUUGCUUCAGAUGACUGGUACUGUGGAGAGUCGAGAGAUGAAAGAACAGUUUCUGGAUAACAUGGAUUUGGAGAGAGAACGGGGAAUUACCAUCAAAUUGCAGGCGGCCAGAAUGCGUUUCAUCCAUGAAGGUGAACCACAUUGUCUGAAUCUUAUCGAUACUCCCGGUCAUGUAGACUUUUCAUAUGAGGUUUCUCGAUCUCUUGCUGCUUGUGAGGGUGCUCUUCUUGUAGUUGAUGCCUCUCAAGGAGUUGAAGCUCAGACACUAGCAAAUGUCUACUUGGCUCUGGAAAACAACCUUGAAAUCAUCCCAGUUUUAAACAAGAUCGAUCUUCCAGGUGCAGAACCAAAUCGUGUAGUCAAAGAGAUAGAAGAGGUUAUCGGUUUGGAUUGUAGCAAUGCAAUUUACUGCUCUGCCAAGGAAGGAAUAGGUAUUAUCGAAAUACUAAGUGCAAUUGUUCAAAGGAUCCCUCCACCUCAUGACACUACUGAUAGACCUUUGAGGGCUCUUAUUUUUGAUAGUUAUUAUGAUGCAUACCGCGGUGUUAUCGUAUAUUUCCGGGUCAUUGAUGGGACCAUUAAGAAAGGUGAUAGGAUUCUUUUCAUGGCAAGUGGAAAGGAUUAUUUUGCUGAUGAAGUUGGAGUUUUGUCUCCCAGUCAGUUGCAAGUUGAUGAAUUACGUGCUGGGGAGGUUGGAUAUCUCUCCGCUUCAAUAAGAUCAGUUGCAGAUGCUAGAGUUGGUGAUACAAUAACCCAUUACACUAGAAGGGCACAACAAUCACUUCCUGGAUACAAGGAGGCUACACCAAUGGUGUUUUGUGGCCUAUUUCCUGUGGAUGCUGAUCAGUUUCCUGAUCUACGAGAUGCACUGGAGAAACUCCAGCUCAAUGAUGCUGCUUUGAAGUUCGAACCUGAGACUUCCAGUGCUAUGGGAUUUGGCUUUAGGUGUGGAUUUCUGGGACUUCUACAUUUGGAAAUUGUUCAGGAAAGGCUUGAGCGUGAAUACAAUUUGACAUUAAUCACAACAGCUCCAAGUGUUGUGUACCAGGUCAAUUGUGUUAAUGGUGAAACUGUAGAGUGCUCAAAUCCAUCCCUACUGCCUGAACCUGGGAAAAGGCGAUCAAUUGAAGAGCCAUUUGUCAAGAUAGAAAUGCUUACCCCAAAAGAUUACAUUGGCCAACUCAUGGAGCUUGCCCAAGAUCGAAGGGGAGUGUUCAAAGAAAUGAAGUAUAUAACUGAAAGCAGAGCAUCCCUUCUGUAUGAAUUACCUUUGGCUGAGAUGGUUGGAGACUUUUUUGAUCAGCUUAAAUCGAGGAGUAAGGGUUACGCAAGCAUGGAAUACUCUUUUCUCGGGUAUACAGAGAGUGACUUGAUAAAGCUCGACAUUUUAAUAAAUGGUGAUUGUGUGGAACCAUUAGCCACUAUUGUGCACAAAGAUAAGGCUUAUGCAGUAGGGAGAGCUUUGACUCAGAAACUUAAGGAACUAAUUCCUAGACAAAUGUUCAAAGUACCUAUCCAGGCAUGUAUUGGCUCCAAAGUGAUAGCUAGUGAAUCUUUGUCCGCUAUCAGGAAGGAUGUUCUAGCUAAAUGUUAUGGUGGGGACAUUAGCAGGAAAAAGAAGUUGCUCAAGAAACAGGCGGAAGGAAAAAAGAGGAUGAAGGCUAUUGGUAAAGUAGAUGUUCCUCAAGAAGCUUUUAUGGCUGUUCUGAAACUUGAGAAAGAGUUGGGUGCUCAUGACAAGUUGGGAAUGCAAGCUAUUCCACUAAGGUUGCUCACAGCUUACGAGAAGAAAGACUUCACUCCUGAUUUGCUUAAUAGCACAAAUCCAAAUGAUCCCCGCGCAGCAACUGCAGGUUUUGUCGCCGGAACAACAGCAAGUUCAGGCGUAGGCGCAGGUUCUGUCGUCGCCACAUCAGCAAUUGCAGAUGCAGGCACUUCAGCAACAACAGGUGUCACCGGUGCAACAUCAGCAAGUUUUGUUGCAGGCGCAACCACAUCAGGUUAUGUCGCUGUAGCAUCAGCAAGUUCUGUUGCAGGCACAACCACAACAAGUAUUGUCGCAGCAACAUCAGCAAAUUCAGAUGCAGGUGUUGCAACAAUUGCAGUUACAGCAGUUGUUGCUGAGCAUGGCGUGCACACUAAUUCGAUUUGCUUGUCUAAUGAACCUGUUAUUGGUGAAAACGAGUCUGUCGAAGUUGAUUGCAGGAAAUCUUGUGAGUCUUCUAGCAGCGACAGUGAUAUCGAGGAGAUUAUUUGUGACAGCUACGACAAUAUUUCACCUGCAACUAAUAAUUCUGUUUGUCCAAGUGUCGACGAAAUUAUGGGUGAGCAAGAGCAAGGCCAAGUGGCAACUCCUGAUGCCAGUUUAUCUGUGACAGCUGAACCGGCACGAUGCUUAGUCGCUGAUGUUCCAAAAGAAGCAGUAGCAGACCAACAGAGAUGUUCUGCAAACAGAAGAAGCAAGCGGAAUAAAGGGACGUCAAUACCACAUGGUUUUCAUUUUGCAGAAAAAGUCGACGAUGGUCCUCAAUUAUGUGGCAUUGAUUUUUGUGGUGGCAACAGUAAUUACGCUUAUUUAGAUUAUGGUGUUGCUGUCGAAUGGAGGAUUGAUUUGGCUAAAGAUUGUGAGUUGCUGAAAUCAUUAAUUGGCCGAGAAAAAAAGCGUUCUACAAGAGUUCAGUCGAAGAUGCUUACACCUUCCGUUAUGCGGUCUAGCAGAAUCAAGGCAUUUGGGGGCAAGGUGGUCGAUGCUAAGUCUAGCAAUGUGUUGUCUAAGAUUAAUAGUGAUGUAAUCCAAUGUCUGGCCGACCAAGAGGAAAAGUAUGUUGUUGAAGUGUCGACAAUUGAUGAUAGGGUCAACGGCGAUCAAGCAAGUUCUGUUGCAGAUGCUAGUAAGUCGUUUCCGAUUAAUGGAGCACUUGAAAGUAGUAGUGUCAUGUCAAACUCUCAGGUUCAGAAUGAUAGUGGGUGCCAGAAUAGUGGUUCUCCUGCACAUGAGGGUCAAUUCCAGCAAGCUCAUAAGGAUCGUCGCGGCAAUGUUGACUAUCAUACUUGGCGUCAACGCAGUACAAGAAGUUCUGGUAGAGCAGGUGAUUUUUGA